AACUGCACGGGGGGUCGAGGUUACGUUCGCGAACGCCACAGACCAGGGUUCAAGUUCCAAGUUUCCAGGUUCCAAGACCCCUCAAGUCUUACAAAGGAGGAACCCUUGGAUUUCAAUCUGCUUCCAGACUCUUCCAUUUCAUAUUCCUUACCGUGCCUUCCGCACCGCGCACCUGUUGUUUGUUUUUCUUUUUACUCUCGAGAUGAUCUUUCAUUAAAAGCUCAUUUGUAUGUUGGAGUUUUCGCCAUAGCCACUGUGCGUAGAGUUGUUACGGUGGGGAUCUCUGGUUGUGAGUCGGGAAGAGGGGAGGGUUUCGAGGCGGUGCUUUGAGCUUGUUACAUUCGCAGGUUGUUUGUUCUAGUUGGUGACCAGCGGGAGGAUCUGGGCUGCGCUGCUGCUGGCUGCUUGAGUGUAAUGCGUUCAACUGGACGGGGUGGUUGUGACGAGGGAGGACUUGUAGGGAGACGAAGUGCCGUGUUUGGACGGUGACAGCGGUUUGAUCGACGUCGGAAGGGUUGUGACAUGUUUUGAUGCAUCGGAGGGAAACUCGCGUGUUGUGAAGAGGAAGUUUUGAGAUUCUUUCAGAGUGUGCUGCACGGUUAACGCCGCAGACGUGGUGCAGUUCUGGAUAGUGUCUUCGUUACAGGUGUUGGCGGAAUAGACGCACAUGUGUUUACAGCGCGGUUGAGCGCCCAAUUCCGUGUUUGUUGAACAAUUUUCGUUGGAGGACGACUCAUCUUGCAGCAUCGUGCUGUAUGGUUGAGAGUGUAGUCGAUCUUGGCUAGAAGAUAUAGCGCAGUAUAUCUCUUGGCCAACGUUGUAACUUUUUUACGUUUGUUACUACAUUUCCGUCGGUCGUAGGGUCCGCUUCGAAGGAUUUGAAGUUCAUUUGUCCUUGACAGUGGAAUUGACAACGAUUUAGUACAAAUCUGCUAUCGUGGACAAGGAUCGUCAGCAUAUGUCUACUAUUUCGGUGCUCUUGUUCUAACGUGGUCAAGUUAUUUCUGAGAAAAUCAGGGAAUAAUUUUGCUCUGUUCGAGACAAUACAUAUCGUAUCCUAGGUUACGUUGUGAUCUUUGACCAUCUUCAAACUUAAAGUUGAGGAAGGGUAUGAGAUUAGUGGUUUAGUUCACCCUGGGUGAAGUUCUUAUUCGAGGAUUGUGAGCAAGUUGGGCAUACUGUCUUCAUAGUAUCUGAAGAAACUAAUUACAAUGGAGUGUUUAACCGUGAAAAUCGCAUAGGAUUUCGAUGUAGUUGUUGGGUAUCACAGCUGCCGAGCUACGCUUGCAGCUGUCUUGGUUGUGAAUAGUGUUAAGUAUGGGUUGUACGUUACAGUAGUUACAGUGGGUAGUGUCAUUGUGAAUACACAUACACCGGGUCAAAAUUUAGAACCUGAAGCGCGAAGUGCAUCGCGUCCAUAUCGGAUCUUAGUCGUCAUUACUUGCAACAGUUUAUCAGCAUGAAGAAACAGUAAUCUAUUCCAAGUUCUAGUGCCUACCCUUCUGCUUCGUCAAGCACUUGAUUCAAAGAGUUCUCUUGGUUUCUGAGGAAGAUAUUCAAGAUGGCUGCUUCGGGGCUAGUUAUGUCUCCAGCGGAAGCUUUCUCUCCCGCAGUUCGUCGGGCCUUGCCAUCAAUGGAGGCUAUUCAAAUUUACCUUGCUACACUCGGCUCUGACGUCGUCAUCCCCAUGCAAGUUCUGAGGUCCGAUACCAUUGCGUCCGUGAAAAUGCGUAUCCAGGCUUACAAGGGAUUUUACACCAGGCAACAGAGACUUGUAUACGGCGGUAGGGAACUUACCCGCAAUGACCGCUUAAUCAGGGAUUAUGGUGUCUCGAAUGGAGAAAUGCUGCAUCUGGUACUUCAUCUCUCUAAUAUUGUGGAUGUCACUAUCAAAUCAAUCGAUGGGAAAGAGUAUGUUUUCAAGGUUGAGAGGAGCCGUUGUGUUCGAGAUCUGAAGAAGCGGAUAUCCGAGAAAGAGGGCUUGGAUUUGGACGCCCAACAGUUGGUUCUCAGGGGGCAAAAUCUAGAAGAUCAGAAAUGCAUCGACGAAUUGUGCCUGCAAGAUGAUGCUGUGGUACACCUCAUACUAAGGCGAUCAUCGAAAGUACGAACGAAGGUAGUCGGGAGGGAUGUGGAACUUUCAGUGACAGCGGAGGAACCUGCUAUUGCGAAGGAGAAGCCUUUACCUGAGGAAAUCCAUGAGGCGAUGCCUACCGAAAAGCCUAAGUAUACUAUUCCUCAUCGCCAACUUAGUUACAACUUUAAGAAUGAAGGUACUAUCAAGAACGAGGUCAAGCCUCAGAAUAUCCUGGAGCCAGCCUGUGGAAUUCUGCGUUAUCAGAUUGCAGACGUUCUAAUUGAUGUCCUUGAGCAAGCGAAGGCUGGUCUUCAGGGAGGUUACGCUCCUGCCUUGGCGUCGGAAGGUUCUGGCGGAGCGUAUUUUCUCAAGAAUUCAUAUGGUGUAGAUAAUGUAGCCAUUUUCAAGCCUGUUGACGAGGAGCCGUUGGCUAUAAACAAUCCUCGUGGUUUUGCCAAAAUCCCAAGAGUAUCCAGUAGUGAAGGUCUUAAGAAGGGUACAAGAGUAGGAGAGGGAGCCAUGCGGGAAGUUGCUGCUUACUUGCUGGAUCAUCCCAAGGAAGGGCCGAGGACCUCUUUCAAGAAGCAACCGAUUGGGUUUUCUGGGGUACCGCCUACAAUGAUGGUUCGAUGUGCACACGAGGCUUUUCGGUAUUCAGAUGACGCUUGGGAUCUUCCAAAGAAGCCUAAGCUCGGUUCUCUUCAGCAAUUUGUGCGAGCCUUCAGCAGUUGUGAAGACAUGGGGACUGCCAAGUUCGAGGUGGAGGAAGUCCACAAGAUCGCCGUUCUUGACAUGAGACUGGCCAAUACUGACAGGAAUGGUGGAAACAUCCUCGUCUGCAGAGAUGAGAACAAUGGCAUGAAGCUUGUACCGAUCGAUCAUGGGUACUGCUUACCUGAGAAAUUUGAGGAUGUUACAUUUGAGUGGAUCUACUGGUCGCAAGCGGAGGAGCCGUUCUCACCAUCCACCUUGAAGUACAUAGAAUCUUUGGAUGCAGAGGAGGAUCUAGCUCUUCUCAAGAAGCAUGGAUGGUCCUUGCGAACAUCGUGCAAAAGAGUGUUUCGGUUAUCCACAAUGCUCCUGAAGAAAAGUGCAGCUGCUGGAUUGACUCCUUAUGAGAUUGGUUCUAUGAUGUGCCGCGAGACCCUCUACAAGAAGUCAGUUAUGGAAGAGAUGAUCGAGGAAGUUGAAGACAAAUUGCCGACCUCUGCAACCGAACGUGACUUUUUGAAUGCGAUGUCAGCUACAAUGGAUAGUCGCAUCAACAAGCGAAAAUGAAAAUGUAGAUGAGUGUAACUGUAUGUGUAGCUGGAUGUUUACAGAUAAUCUGUCCAAGACCUGAUUUCACAACUGCUUAGUGGUAGAAUUUCAGGAUGUUAACACAUGUUGUCAAGGACGUGUUCAUUCUUUGCCCUUCAAGAUACCAAAUCCUUCUUAUCGUAACCUUUUUACAAGGAAAACUUCAAAAAAACCUAUGUAUAUUUAUAUUGAAAAAAAAAAGCUAUAUAACUGAAGAUAUUGUGAAGGUUCUUCUGUA